CCUCCUAUUGUGUACCUUACACCAAUCGAGCUACGUACCACCUCUGACAAGAUGCUACAAUAUUAGCAUUGUAGAUGUGUGCGUCUCCCGGGGUACUUUUUGGACUCUUUCCACCCUUCGAGGCACUCCCUUUGGUGGACAACAACAAGCGAUGAUUGGACAUUCCCGGUGGAAGGGUGUUAAUGUGGUUUUAGUUUCCUAAAAACGGCAAACUUAACUUGUUACCUGAGCCAACUCGCUAGCGUGUUAGCUAAACUCAAGCUCGACGACACACUCAGGCUGCUCUGAGGUUAUUCAUUCGACAAUGUUUAUAGUAGCAAACUUUCAUGCAAGCAUGAGAUGAAUGUAGGUUAAAACUGGAGUGUCGUCGUCUACCAGAAUGGCGUGUCAUUGGGCUACAUGUUAGGGAGCGUGCUAGGUGUUCCCGAGGGUCCUCGCGACAUUGUUAGCUAGCUUCACUGCUUCCACUAAAUAUACACCCUUGUCCCGUGGUCCCCCGCCCCCCCCCCCAUUAGCGGUGGGUUCCUCCGCUAAAUUUUUGCCGUCUGCGGCUUUAAUGGUGACCUCGCUCAGUGUUUGGCCCUCUACAUGGUCACUACGGUGGAUCCAAGGCGACAGAAAGAGCGAGCUGGACCCCGAGGUGGUGAACCGGGUUGGGCUGACUUGACGCCACAUCGCAUCAACCGAGAGGUGGUGAGGGUGGUGGUCGUGCGUUAUUUUGUCCCCAUGCCCUGCCGUUAGUGGUCAAGAAAACGAACCCUGGUCCAGAUCAGGGGAUACAGGAGCGAGGUUUGUUUAAAGGUCAAGCACAAAACCUUUGUUUCCACUGUGUGAGCUCCUACGGGAACAACGACCGAGCCAAGUGGGUCGCCAUGUCGGAAGAUAACAGCGCGGAUAACUUCAUCAAGGAGGCGUCCAUUCUAGAGGAAUACAACAUAAAUUGGACGCAAAAGCUUGGCGCUGGCAUCAGUGGACCUGUCAGAGUAUGUUUGAAGAAGUCAACACAGGAGCGGUUGGCCCUGAAGAUCCUCAUCGAUCGCCCCAAGGCCAGAAAUGAGGUGCGACUCCACAUGAUGUGUGCCAACCACUCAAACAUUGUGCAAAUCUUGGAAGUGUACGCCAACAGUGUGCAGUUCCCACACGAGUCCAGCCCGAGAGCCAGGCUUCUGAUCGUCAUGGAGAUGAUGGAAGGUGGCGAACUGUUCCACAGAAUCAGUCAGCACAGGCACUUUACAGAAAAGAUGGCGAGCGAGGUCACAAAGCAGAUCAGUCAAGCCUUGGAACACUGUCACUCCUUAAAUAUUGCACAUCGAGACCUGAAGCCAGAGAAUCUGCUCUUCAAGGAUAAUUCUCUGGAUGCUCCCGUGAAGCUGUGUGAUUUCGGCUUUGCCAAAAUAGAUCAGGGGGACCUAAUGACACCCCAGUUCACUCCCUACUAUGUAGCACCUCAGGUACUUGAGGCUCAAAGAAGGCACCAGAAGGAAAAGUCUGGAAUCAUACCUACCUCACCCACUCCUUACACUUACAAUAAGAGCUGUGACUUGUGGUCUCUGGGCGUCAUCAUCUACGUGAUGCUGUGCGGCUAUCCUCCGUUUUACUCCAAGCAUCACAGCCGCACCAUUCCCAAAGACAUGAGGAAGAAGAUCAUGAUGGGCAGCUUUGACUUCCCCGAAGACGAGUGGAGUCAGAUCUCGGAGAUGGCAAAGGACAUUGUGCGCAAGCUGCUGAAGGUGAAGCCAGAGGAGAGGCUGACCAUCGAGGGAGUCUUGGCUCACCCGUGGCUCAACUGCACCGAGGCCCUGGACAACGUGCUGCCGUCGGCUCAGAUGAUGAUGGACAAGGCGGUGGUUGCGGGCAUCCAGCAGGCCCAUGCGGAGCAGUUGGCCAACAUGAGGAUUCAGGAUCUGAACAUCAGCCUGAAGCCGCUCAACUCCGUUAACAACCCAAUCCUCAGGAAGCGGAAACUACUCGGCCCCAAGCCAAGUGACGCUUUCUUCAUUCACGACCCAGAGAACGGAGGCGAGGACUCUAAUGUAGCGCUGGAGAAACUACGUGAUGUCAUUGCACAGUGUAUUCUUCCACAGGCUGGAGAGAACGAGGACGAGAAGCUGAACGUGGUGAUGUUUGAAGCUUGGCGGUUCAACAGGGACUGUAAACUGCUGCGAGACGGCCUGCAGGGACUCAGCUGGGAUGGUCGAGCAUUCUGUGAUAAGGUGGAUCGCUUGAAGUUGGCUGAAAUUGUUAAACAGGCCAUUGAAGAGAGGACAAAUGUGGAAGAGUCUCACUAGCAAAGUCUUUCAAUCGCUCAUUUUUAUAUUGUCUUUUUAACAAGGGUUUUUUUUUUUUUUUUUUUUAAAGGAAAAAAAAAAUCAAAUUAUCUGCUUUUUAUCCCUAAGGACCUGAAAGGCCUAUUGUACAACUGAAAGAAAAGGAACUCAUUGGUACUUGCAAAGAAAAAAAAAAAAAGAGACUGUUUUCAUUUUUGCAACAAAAAAAAAUCAAUUCGAAAGAAAUUAUUUUCUAGGAGGGAAAUUUUUAUUCGCAGCUUGUAGUCUUUUGUUUUAUCCCAAUCAUUUCAUUUCUUUUAACUUUCCAAACAUUAUUUAUUUAAAGAAAACAUUCUGUUAUUUAUAUAAUUUGGGCGGGGGGGCUUUAAAGAGAUUUGAUUUUUAUGUGUACUAUUCUUUUUAAAGCCAAACUUAUUUUUUCCUCUCUAACUUGUCCUUUUGGUUCAAGAAAAUGUGUUAUCCAAGAGUGAGUCCCUCUCGUAAAAAUGCAAAGACACUUGAAAUAAAGUCCAAGCAGAAAUGAAUCAUAAAGGCAUUUGGGGCUCCCAGCAAAUCAUCUUUUGACAAAAUCUUACCUACUUGAGCUGCCGACAGCAUCUUGAGCUUCCUCCUCUGCUUCCCUUUAAUGUGUCACACUACUCCGUGUAUCUUUCCAAGAUUCAUGUUGGGAAAGUCAUGAUUCAGCCUUGGCUCCCUUUUUUGAUCCGAUUUCUGUUUGACAUGCACAUCAUGCUCUUUAACGAAAUAUCGUAAGACUCCAUAUUUCCUCAUAUUUAAUUGACACCAAUUCGCCAGCUUCAUCAUCCACAAAUUUAGCCUCCCCUCUUAUCUCAGCUCGGAGAAGCUAUCAUUCCCAUUCUGUUGUUAACCAAAACAGCAGCACUUGAAAUUUGGGCAUAAUACACCAGUAGCAUUAAUAAUUCUCCAAUUAUUUUUGUAAUUUAUGGUCAUGACUCCAUAUUAUGGGCAUGUCCAUCAUAUCAGCUAAUCAGAUACUGACAAUUAUGUCGGCUGGUGUACUGUUACCAUUGGUGACCCACAACUGCACAUUCUCUUAUCACAACUUUAUUGCUUUUUGUUUCCUGUACCGUCACUUUGUUUACAUGAUGCACACAAAAAAAAUCUUUAUAGGACAAUUCCUCUGGGUCCAGUUCUUAAUUUUCUUUUUUCAAUCAUUUGUUGUUGUGAUAGCUUGUUUUUUUGGAUAUAUCAUCAGAUAAAAUGGCUAAAUUUUCAGUCACAGGCAUUUCAAUCGAGUGUGCUUAAAACCUUUUGUAAAAGUUGAUUUUUCAUCCAUUUUUUGAGUCUGUGAAAUCAUUUCAUAUUAUAAGCAAUCAUUUUGGGGAGAUUUUUGACACAACUCCCUUUAAAUCUCAAUGACAACCAUAUUAGAAUGGUUUUAAGGCCUUAUUGCACAAGCAAACGUGCCUUGGUGACUUAUGAGUAUAAAGUUGUCCAAUCAUUAGUUUCUUAGUCAUCCUACAAUGGAAUCAUUCCACAAAUGACUUCUUUUUUUUAUUGAAAGGACUUCAAAUACAAUAAUUUUGUGAGAGGAGCAAUACUUAAAAAAUAUAUAUAUAUUUACAAAAUGAGUCCAUAAAAUUGACCAUCUGAUUUAGUACUCGAAAUUGAUCUUUCACCAAAAGUUUUUUCUUUGUCAGCUGAUGUAGCACGAGUCCAUCAUGGAAGUCAACAUCUUUGUUUUGCCUUCUCUGGAAUGUCUUCAAUUUGCUGACUUUGUAAUUAAAUGACCUUUCAAGAG